AUGUCGCCACAAGACGAUCAUUUUAACUCAAGAUUCCUACCAAACCCUAACUUCCAUGUCCCAUUGCAAUCCUCACCACCAAACUCAUUAACCCGCAGGAACAACAAUCACUCUCACUUAGACCCUUACAACAACGAGGGUCUCGAAAGAAGGGAGAGAAGAAUGAUCUCUAACCGAGAAUCCGCAAAGAGGUCACGUAUGCGGACAAAGAGGCAGAUCGAAGUGCUUCAGCAACAGGUGGAACAUCUCAUGAUAUUGAAUCGUAGCUUGUCUGAUAAAGUCAUCAAUUUGCUUGAAAGCAACCACCAGAUACUACAAGAGAACUCACAUCUGAAGGAGAAGAUCUCUUCUUUUCAGAUGCUUAUGGUGGAAAUGCAAAUACCCAUGAGAAAUGUGGAUGGUAGCAUCAGUGACGAAGUUGUGAAUCAUCUCAAAGGAGAGACAUCGAACCGGACCAACGCUUUCUUUGGUAGGUGA